AUGGAUAAGGGUGAGGGUGAUCACGUUACGAUAUCCAUAAAAAAAACACUGAUGGAGCUGCCUCCUACGAAUCCAGAAAGCUUCUUGUAUAAAGUUCCCAGACUGCGCCGCAAGAUGAAUGAAACAGUAUAUACGCCUCAAUUCAUUUCAAUUGGGCCUUUCCACCAUGGCCGACCAGAAUUGAUGGCCGUAGAACAAUAUAAGCUUCGAGCUCUCAAAACCUAUCUUGCUCGCGUAAACUUGAAAGUUGAGGAGGCCAUGAGUAUGACUUUUUCAUGGGAGGAAAAAGCUCGUAGUUGCUAUGGACAUUCCAUAGACAUGAACAAACAAGACUUUGCGAAAAUGAUGCUCUUAGAUGGUUGUUUUAUAUUGGAGUUUAUGAACUCAACAAACUACAUGGACAGUCUUUUGAGUAAAGGUGAUCAUGAAGAAUGGAUAGAUGGUGUUCUCCUCAUUGGUGUAAUGGACGAUGUAGAACGUGACCUAAUUAUAUUUGAGAAUCAACUUCCUUUCUUUGUUCUUCAACAAUUAUAUGAGCUAUCAUUCUCUUCAACAAAAAAGAGCAAAGAUCUAACUGUCAACUUUAUGGAAUGGAUGGCAGAAUUGUUUAUAUCGACCACGUCUGGAUAUGCGCUUCCUUUUAAAGAGACGACCAAGGUAAGACAUGUAGUUGAUUUAUUAAGAUUCUACUACAUCCCCUCACCUGAGACAGAUGAGUAUAACAAAUUCAAUGACAAUGAAGGGAUCUAUUCCUAUCAAUCCCCAACUAUAACUAAGCUCUGUGAGACUGGUAUCAAGGUACAGAGAGCAAUGGAAGCCGACAGCAUGAUGGACUUCAGCUUUAAGAAUGGGGUUCUCAAAAUUCCACCUUUCAGAAUUCAUACUAAUUUUGAAAUUCAAAUUCGAAAUUUGAUAGUAUCUGAGAUUUUCAAUGUCGUUGAGGGUAAAAAGUAUAUAUUCCAUUAUCUUUUACUCUUAGACGACUUGAUUAAGACAGAGAAAGACGUGAGUAUACUUAUGAAGGAGAAAAUCAUAAUUAACGAAACUGAUGGUAGUGCCGAACAAGUUUUGAAACUAAUUCACAAUCUACAUCUGAUCGCUCCAAGCUAUCGACCUCAGUCUUACUUCAACAACAUGAGCAGAGAUUUAGAUAACUAUUGCGAAAAACGGUGGCAGCGAUCUAUGGCUUCACUACGCCGAUCUAUGGCUUCACUAAAACGUGAUUAUUUCAGUACUCCAUGGGCUUUUAUCUCCUUUCUUGCUGCUACCUUCCUCCUUAUCCUCUCUCUCCUUCAAACCUUAUUCUCUGCUCCAUCUAUUUUCCAUAAAAAAUAAUCUCAAAUUGUUUUUUAAUUCUUUGCUCUUGC